GGGAGAGUAAAGAAAACAGAAGAGGAGAGGGACACAAGCACAGAGGACUUCUCACCCAGACAGAGAACAACCAGGCAUGGAGUUCCUCACCCCUCACCUGUUCUUACCCCUGAUGUUCCUGACAGGUCUCUGCUCCCCCUUUAACCUGGAUGUGCAUCGCCCACGACUAUUCCCAGGGCCACGGGAGGCUGAAUUUGGAUACAGCGUCUUACAAUAUAUUGGGAGUGGACAACGAUGGAUGCUGGUGGGCGCCCCCUGGGAUGGGCCUUCAGGUGACCGAAGGGGGGAUGUUUAUCGCUGUCCUGUAGGGGGACCCCACAAUGCCCCAUGCAUCAAGGGCCACUUGGGUGACUAUCCACUGGGAAAUUCAUCUCACCCUGCUGUGAAUAUGCACCUGGGGAUGUCUCUACUAGAGACAGAUGGUGACGGGGGAUUCAUGGCUUGUGCCCCUCUCUGGUCUCGUGCUUGUGGCUCCUCUGUCUUCAGUUCUGGGAUAUGUACCCAUGUAGGUGCUUCAUUCCAGCCUCAAGGAAGUCUGGCACCCACCACACAACGCUGCCCCACAUACAUGGAUGUUGUCAUUGUCUUGGAUGGCUCCAACAGCAUCUACCCCUGGUCUGAAGUUCAGACUUUCCUACGAAGACUAGUAGGAAGGCUGUUUAUUGACCCAGAGCAGAUACAGGUGGGACUGGUACAGUAUGGGGAGAGCCCUGUAUAUGAGUGGUCCCUGGGAGAUUUCCGAACCAGGGAAGAAGUGAUGAGGGCAGCAAGGAACCUGAGUCGGCGGGAGGGACGAGAAACAAGGACUGCCCAAGCAAUCAAGGUGGCCUGCACAGAAGGAUUUAGUCAAUCCCAUGGAGGCCGACCAGAGGCUGCCAGAUUACUGGUGGUUGUCACUGAUGGAGAAUCACAUGAUGGAGAGGAGCUUCCCACAGCACUAAAGGCCUGUGAAGCUGGAAGAGUGACACGCUAUGGGAUUGCAGUCCUUGGUCACUAUCUCCGGCGGCAGCGAGAUCCUAGCUCUUUCCUGCAGGAAAUCAGAGCUAUUGCUAGUGAUCCAGAUGAGAGAUUCUUCUUCAAUGUCACAGAUGAAGCUGCAUUGACUGAUAUUGUGGAUGCACUAGGAGACAGGAUUUUUGGCCUCGAGGGAUCCCAUGGAGAAAAUGAGAGCUCCUUUGGACUGGAAAUGUCUCAGAUUGGUUUUUCUACACAUCGACUAAAGGAUGGGAUUCUCUUUGGGAUGGUGGGGGCCUAUGACUGGGGUGGCUCAGUGUUAUGGCUUGAAAAAGGUCAUCGCCUCUUCCCCCAACGGACGGCCCUGGAAGAUGAAUUCCCCACUGAAUUGCAGAACCAUGCAGCCUACCUGGGUUACUCGGUUUCCUCCAUGCUUUUGCGGGGUGGGCACCGCCUCCUUCUCUCAGGGGCUCCUCGGUUUAGACAUCGAGGAAAGGUCAUCGCCUUCCAGCUUAAGAAAGAUGGAGCUGUGAGGGUCGCCCAGAGCCUCCAGGGGGAGCAGAUUGGCUCAUACUUUGGCAGUGAACUUUGCCCAUUGGAUACGGAUGGGGAUGGAACAACCAAUGUCUUACUUGUGGCUGCCCCCAUGUUCCUGGGACCCCAGAAUAAGGAAACAGGACGUGUUUAUGUGUAUUUGGUGAGCCAGCAGUCCUUGCUGACACUCCAGGGAACACUUCAGCCAGAACCUCCCCAGGAUGCUCGGUUUGGCUUUGCCAUGGGUGCCCUUCCUGAUCUGAACCAAGACGGUUUUGCUGAUGUGGCUGUGGGGGCACCCCUGGAGGACGUGCACCGUGGAGCACUGUACCUGUAUCAUGGGACCCAGAGUGGAGUCAAGCCCCAUCCUGCCCAGCGGAUUGCUGCAGUUUCCAUGCCACAGGCCCUCAGCUACUUUGGCCGAAGUGUGGAUGGCCGGCUCGAUCUGGAUGGAGAUGACCUGGUGGAUGUGGCUGUGGGUGCCCAGGGAGCAGCCAUCCUGCUCAGCUCCCGGCCCAUUGUCCACCUGGCCCCUUCACUGGAUGUGACCCCUUCGGCCAUCAGUGUGGUUCAGAGCAACUGCAGGUGGCGAGGCCAGGAGGCAGCCUGCCUAUCUGCAGCCCUUUGCUUCCAAGUGACCUCCCACACUCCUGGCCACUGGGAUCGCAGAUUCUAUAUGCGGUUCACAGCAUCACUGGAUGAGUGGACAGCUGGGGCACGUGCAGCAUUUGAUGGCUCUGGCCAGAGGCUAUCCCUUUGGAGGCUCCAGCUUAGUGUGGGGAAUGUCACUUGCAAGCAGCUGCACUUCCAUGUGCUGGAUAUGUCAGAUUACCUCCGACCAGUGUCCUUGACUGUGACCUUUGCGUUGGAUGACACCACAAAGCCAGGGCCUGUGCUGAGUGAGGGCUCAUCCACCUCCAUACGGAAGCUGGUCCCCUUCUCGAAAGACUGUGGCCCUGACAAUGAAUGUGUCACAGACCUGGUGCUUCAAGCUGACAUGAACAUCAGAGGCUCCAGGAAGCACCCGUUCGUGGUUCGAGGCAGUCGGCACAAAGUGCUGGUGUCAGCAACUCUGGAGAACAGGAAAGAAAAUGCCUAUAACACCAGCCUGCACCUCAGCUUCUCCAGAAACCUCCACCUGGCCAGCUUCAUUCCGCAGAGGGACAGUCCAGUGAAGGUGGAAUGUGCAGCCCCUUCCUCUCAUGCCCGGUUUUGCAGUGUGGGGCACCCUGUCUUUCAGACUGGAGCCAAGGUGACCUUUCUCCUAGGGUUUGAGUUUAGCUGCUCCUCUCUCCUGAACCAGGUCCUUGUCAGGCUGACUGCCACCAGCAAUAGUCUGGAGAGAAAUGGGACCCUUCAGGAUAACACAAUCCAGACCUCAGCCUUCAUCCAAUAUGAACCUCACCUCCUGUUCUCUAGUGAGUCCACUUUGCAUCGCUAUGAGAUUCACCCAUAUGAGACUCUCCCAGUGGGACCUGAAUUCAAAACCACUCUUAGGGUUCAGAACCUAGGCUGCUAUCUGGUCAGUGGCCUCAUCAUCUCAGCUCUCCUUCCGGCUGUGGCCCAGGGGGGAAAUUACUUCCUGUCACUGUCUCAAGUCAUCACUAAUAAUGCAAGCUGCAUAGUACAGAACCUGACCGAGCCCCUGGGGCUCCCUGUGCAUCCGGAGGAGCUUCAGCACAUAAGCAGACUGAAUGGGAGCAAUACUUGGUGUCAGGUGGUGAGGUGCCACCUUGAGCAACUGGCAAAGGGGACUGAGGUCUCUGUUGGACUACUGAGGCUGGUUCACAAUGAAUUUUUCCGGAGGGCCAAAUUCAAGUCUUUGACAGUGGUCAGCACCUUUGAGCUGGAAACUGAGGAGGGCAGUGUCCUACAGCUGACUGAACCUUUUUGUUGGAGUGAGAGCCUCUUGGAGGUGAUUCAGACCCACCCUGCCCUCAUUUCCCUGUGGAUCCUCAUUGGCAGUGUCCUGGGAGGGCUGCUCCUGUUUGCUCUCCUUGUCUUCUGCCUUUGGAAGCUUGGCUUCUUUGCCCGCAAGAAAAUCCCUGAGGAAGAAAAAAGGGAAGAAAAAUUGGAGUAAUGAAUGUAGAAUAAAGCCCGAAAGUCUUUCCUGGAAGCUUCUCCAAAAGACUUGCAUAAGAGUGGAGGUUUGGGGGCUCAGGUGGGAUAAGAAGAAGCCUCUGGACUAUUUCCCCAGACCUGCAACCUGACUUGACUUUUAAAGUCAUGAGGAUGCUGCUAGCGGGAUAUGAGGUCUUACCUCAGACAAGGUCUGGCACCAAGACUAGGAACAGUCCCACCCUGUGUGCUUCCCUCCUCAUAAUUCUGGUUCCAUAGCCAACAUUAAGGCCUUGGUUUGGGGCAUUUUUUCCCUAUCUCCCAGGAAUCAAAAAUUUUUUGCCUAGGCCUCUGACUCCUUUCAAAUUCCCUUUACAUUCUCCUUCACAGUUUGGAAAGGAUGAGGGUUAUCUUCCUCCAUUUGUCGCCUCUCACCUUCCUGUCUGCUCCUUGCUCCAUAGAAGGGAGCUGACGUUGGCUCAAAAGGAGUAAAGUCAACAUCUGCUGCUUUCCUGUGGAGUCUGGUGAUUCAGAGAGCAGGAUGGGGAGAGUCAACAGGAAAAAAGGAGGGAGGAGGAAAAGCCACAAGAGACAUUCUGUACAAUUCCAAGGAACAGAGAAGCCUUUAGACAGGCAACUGCCAUCCCGCUGAAACCUGAGAUUUCGUGGUGCACUCGCCCGCCCUCAGGUGCUGGUGAAACAGAGCCACCCCCAGGCCUGCUGAGCUAGGAUUUCCCAGCUUCAGCCUUCCCUGGGAGCAGAGCCAGGGCCUAGUGCCCGAUUCUCUGGAGCCAGGGGCCCUCACGUGGCUAGAGCUGGAAUAGCAGAGACGACUGGCUACUCCUGGCAGUGUUUUCUCCCCAGGGCUCACACACUCUUGAGCCCUUCUUAUGAGAAAACUAGAUAGAAGGGAGGGGAUUGCUGCUUGACCCUGGGAAACCCUUUCACCUUACCAGCUUUGGGAAGCAGCAGCCCCACAAGGUCUGAAUGAGAGGGGUCUGCAUUAAGGAAGAAGCUAAGUGGGUGGCAGGAGGUCUCUGGGGAGUAAGCCGUUACUUGCUCAGCACUGACUUUGUAGCACAAAUGGCUUCUAAGAAAAUGUUUCUGGGGCAAAUGCAAUCAUACCUUGUAGGAGUUCUUUGGUGGAAUCAGUUUGCCAGCCCUUGCCUAAUUUUUUGGACAUAUUUUGCCUGAUGUUUACUGGACAGUCCCAAGUUAAUUUCUAUCUCUGGAUCACCAUUCCCCUUCUCUGCUGUCCCCCUUCCCCCACUAUUUGGUUAUGGCCAGUAAAGAGAAUUGGAUUCUCAUCAACAACUGGGUAGCUUAUAUUUCUUUGCAAUCAAGACUUUGGAGACCAAAAUAGUUAUUGGUCUCCGAAGUACAGCUCUGACAGCCCUCUGAAGAAUUAGCACCUAUUUAGAGCUGAGAAGAGAGGAGACCUGGUUUGAGCAGUUGAUAGCAACCACAGAACCUGCCCUCCAAACCUGGCCACAAUGUUUAUUUUUUGGCAUGUCUCUGGCCUUGUGCAGAGGGCAUUGUCUCUGUUUCCCCACAGGGUGGACAGUAUGUCAGAUAGUCAAAACAAACAAAGUUAGUAUCAAAUGACUUCUGGCUCUGUUUGAGUUCCCUGGGUUAUGGACUGCUCAGGAAUGGUGAGACCUUGGGUGAGACGUGGGUCAUUGGUUCACCCGAGACCUUAUACAGUUGAGUCCCUGAAAGGCAAGGUUAUGAAGUAUUUGAGGUGUUUUCUGUGACUCUCUCACUGGAGAUGUGCUCUAGCCUCCUGCAAUACUAAACCUACUUAAGUGAUCAUAGAGUAUAAAAUGUGUAGGUUUGGGAAGCACAUAAACCUAGACUGAGAUCCCAGGUCUGCCAUUCAUUAGCCUUGUGGCCUUGGGAAGUCGUAAUUACCCCAAGGCUCAGCUAACAAUAAAAGGCUGUGUAGUACAGUGAUGAAAAAAUGCAGACAGACUUGGGUUUAAAUCUAAAUUAUACCACUUAAAACCUGUUUGACCUUGUACAGAUUUAAACUUCUCUGACUUGGCUUUCUUGUCUUUAAAUUUACUAGGAUUGUGAGGACUAAGUGAGAUAAUUCAAGUAAAGCGAUCAUUUAGUAAGUACUCAAUAAAUGGUAACUAUCCUUGAAAAUAUUCUGAUAUAAAAUAAUCUGCCCUACUGUGUGUUGUGAGGAUUAAGUGAGACAGUGUAUUGAAGUAUCAGGUGGUGCUACUGCCCUGUGACCCACGUCCCCUUCACAGACCCUGGAGAGUUGUUUCUUUCUCUGUGUGCUUGUCUCCUUCCCUAAUUCUUAUCCUCUGCCUCAUCCCGGUUGAAAUAAGCCCUCAUGCCCACUAAGGCAAUAAUUAGCUAAUUAACUUAAGGUUCUGAUGAUAGAAAUCAAAUCUAUUGUUUUAGUAUUCUCAAGAACAUGUGCACUUAAGCAAUGGUCUUCUAGAAACUAUGUCUCUGCCUGUUUCCUACCCCUGAGAAUGGUGGCCUAUCUGGCCUAUUAGGCAGGGAGAACCAUUCUGUAGCAUGCUGGUGAGUUAUUUCGAGGAGGAGAUUGUGGUGCUGGGCAGAGUGUGGGUUUUGCAGGACCUGCAACUUGAGGAACAAAACCUGAAGGAACAACAACCUGGGGAACAAAACCCCCAAAGGAAGAUGGAUUUUCUUGAGUGCCGGUUCCCCUAAUUCUUUAUCCAUAGGACUAAAAGAGCACGUUUAGUUUUUUUCUCCUUCUAGAGAUCCCUCUCCUCUUUAUCCCUCAGCACCAAAGUAGGACUUUCUUUAACCCCAACCUGUUCUUCAGUAAGUCUCUUCCUUUGGAGCAGAGCCAGUUUGAGAAGCAACUCUACUAACAACAGGCUCUCCCCAAAUGUGUGAGUGUUCUUCUCUUUGUCGCUCCUUCAUUCCUUCCUUCAAUCUUUCAUUCACUCACUUAGCAGACAUGAAGCGCCUAAUAUGUGCCAUGCAAUGGGAAUAAUAUAAAAUACAACUCCUACCAUUUAAAAGAGCCCAGUCUACUAGGGGAUACAGGUAAAUGAAUGGCAAAUUAUUCGCUAGCGGAAGGUAGGUGGUUGCUAUACAACACGGAAGUAUUAGAAGUGUGUCAAACGUUAAGAAGCACACUUUUUGGGGGUGGGGGAGCAGGGUUUUAAGGGAAAACUUUACAGAAAAAAAAAAUUUGGCUUGAGGGGCCACCAAGUAUGAGAGGAGGCAUUCCAGGGAGGAGUAAUCACCAGCGGGGACGGGAAUUGUAGUAAAUUAGAACAGCCUGAGCAGGGGGCUAUUUAUGAAAGCGGUGAGGGAUAAGACUGGAGAAGGCAGGGUGCAGCUCCUGAAGAGCCUGGUAAACUACUUGGAACUUUAUCCAGCAGACUUUCAUAGGCAUUUGCGUGGGCUCACUUUGGCCGCAAAAAAAAAAAAAAAAAAAA